AUGGCCAGAAGUCCGUGGUGGGGCGGCUUUUUCGAACGGAUGGUGGGAUUCAUGAAAGUUGCGUUGAGAAAAGCUGUCGGCAGAGCAAGUCUUACCUUUGAUCAACUGAAGGAAGUACUUAUGAACGUUGAAGUUCAAUUGAAUAAUCGCCCUUUGGGAUAUCUGGAGGACGAUAUCGAGUCUUUACCACUUACACCAAACACUUUAAUACAUGGAGCGAACAUAAGUUUACCUGAAGAAGAUCUUGAUGACAUGGAAGAAGACGAAGUAAAGAGAAUGAGUAAAAGAGCUAAGUAUAUUCAAAGGUGCAAAGACACAAUCUGGAAAAGAUGGACAACGGAAUAUAUCAGAUCGAUCGUUAAGAGAGAGGCGUUUAAAUCAAACUGGUAAAACGUCUGAAAUUAAGAUUGGGGAAAUUGUUUUGAUUAAAGGGGAAGAGAAAGAUCGAGGACAAUGGAAGGUAGGUGUUAUCCAAGAGUUUGUAAAUGGAAGAGACGGUGUCAUCAGAGGAGCGAAAUUGAAAACUGUUAAUGGAGUUCGUGAACGUCCAUUGCAAUUACUUUACCCGAUGGAAUUGUGUGUUUCAAAGAAUGCUGACAAGAAAGUGAUGAAACAGUUAAACCCGAAAGCUGAAGAGUUCCAACCAAGAAAAGAAAGAGCAGCAAAAACAAACGCUAAAAAGAGACUUGAACAAUUAGCCAAAACUGUCCAAGACGAUGAGUUAUAG